AGAAGAGAGAGAGAGAGAGGAAGAGGAAGGGUUGCUUAUACUUAUUUGCUUCCCAUAGAAGCUUCUCUGUAUGCAAUUUUCAACACAAUAAAAAAAUUUGGGGAUAGAAGAAGAAAAAAGAAUAAUAAAAAAAAAAAAAAAAGGGUAUAUAGAGAGUGAUUCGUAAGAAAGAAAAGAUCAUCGUUUGGUCUGGUUUGGUUUCGUGACAACGUUAUUGUUCUGUUCUGUUCCGAAAUUCAUCAUCAUCAUCAUCGUUCACACGUAAUCUUCUCUAACUAUCUUCUCCAAGAUUUUCGCCUUAUCUUUUUCCCCUUAAUCUAUUUUUAAUCAUAACUGUUCUAUUCUGUUCCUCAAUUUCGUUGUAAAUUAUUCGAAUCUCACUUUCCGGGUCGGGUUUUCAGAUUUUCCUCUCUUUUUUUGGGCAUUUUCGGUUUCUUCAUUAUUUGCUUUUUUUCUGACUUGGGUUUGCUUUUUACUAGGGUUUUUCAGAAGAUCUUAGGUUAAAGUUCGUGUUUUUUCCACGAAUUUCUCUUCUGGGUUUUCUGAAAUUUUGAGCUUCAAUUCAGAAUAUUUAUUGAUCACAAAUUUCGUUGCACAAGUUUUUUUCUUUCUGGGUUCUGGUUUCACUAAUCUGAGAAUUUGUUAGGUUCUUAAUAGAAGAAAAAAAAUUAUAUUGUUUUAGGGUUAAGAAAAAAAGAUCAGGCUUGAUUGGUUUGGUGGGGUUGUGUUUCACUUUCAACUAUAGGUCAUAGUUUGAUUUGUGGAACCCUUUAUUUGGUCUUAAUUGAUUGAUUUCCUUUUCUGGUGGAAGAAAAUUGAGGUCUUGUCGUGUUAUAAGGAAUUUAAGUAUUUGGUGGUGUUGAUAAGAUGAGUUCCAGCAUCACCGGAAGUUCGGUCAAUGGGAGCCAGCUCCUUGUUCAUAUUGCUGAGAAUGGACAUUCCUUUGAGUUGGAAUGUGAUGAGAAUGCGCUCGUUGAGGCUGUUAUGCGGUCUAUUGAAUCUGUUACCGGGAUCAAUUUUAAUGAUCAGCUUGUUCUUUGUUCGGAUUUGAAACUUGAGCCGCAGAGGCCAUUGUCUGCAUACAAGCUUCCAUCUGAUGAGAAAGAAGUGUUCAUUUUCAAUAAAGCUAGGCUUCAAAGUAAUGCGCAUCCUCCACCACCAGAGCAAGUUGAUGUUCCUGAAAAUUUGGAGCCUCCAUCGCCUUCGUCCUCCCAUGAUCCACACCCUCUUGAUGAUGCUUUGGAUCCUGCUUUAAAGGCUUUACCUUCUUAUGAGAGGCAAUUUAGGCACCAUUAUCAUCGGGGGCAUGCAAUUUAUACUGGUACCUCGAUGAAAUAUGAGCAUUGUGAGAGGCUUUUGAGAGAACAGAUGGUUCAAGAAAGAGCAGUGGAAGUUGCAAGGUGUAAUUUGGAUCAGUAUUAUCGAAUUAUUAACCAAAACUAUGGGGAUUUCAUGAAACGUUAUAUGCAACAACACAGAAUGCACUCUGAUCUUUUGGCAAAUUUUGGAAAGGAUGUUGAGAAACUAAGAUCCAUCAAACUUCACCCUGCUUUGCAAACUGUGAAUCAUAAAUGCUUACUGGAUUUGGUGAAGGAAGAAAACUUGAGAAAGUCGGUGGAGAAUUGCACCAGCUCCCACAAGCAGUUUGAGAAUAAAAUGUCACAAUUUAAGCAAAGUUUUGGGGAAGUAAAGCAUCGUGUCGAGGACUUGUUGACCAGUGGGCCUUUCUUGGCCACCAAGAAUUUGGAGCAAGCAAUUAAAGAACAUCACAGAUAUAUAAAUGAACAAAAAAGUAUCAUGCAAUCUCUGAGCAAAGAUGUUAACACUGUAAAGAAACUGGUGGAUGAUUGUCUGUCUUCCCAAUUGUCAUCCUCGCUUCGUCCUCAUGAUGCAGUUUCAGCCUUGGGUCCUAUGUAUGAUGUUCACGACAAAAAUCACUUGCCUAAAAUGCAGGCUUGUGAUCGUGCUAUUUCGAAGCUACUUGAGUUUUGCAAAGAAAAGAAGAACGAAAUGAACUUUUUUGUGCAUGAUUACAUGCAAAGAAUAACUUACGUUUCUUACCUCAUCAAAGAUCAGAAACUACAGUUCCCUGUAUUUAAAGAGGCGAUGGUUCGACAGGAUGGUUUAUUUGGGGAUUUAAAAUUGUUCCACAGUAUUGGUCCUUCGUACCGAGCUUGCCUUGCAGAAAUAGUGAGAAGAAAGGCUUCUAUGAAGCUGUACAUGGGCAUGGCUGGCCAAUUGGCUGAAAGGCUUGCUACAAAACGGGAGCUUGAGGUCUCAAGACGGGACGACUUUAUGAGAGUGCAUGGUUCAUGCAUUCCCAGGGAUGUGUUAUCAUCUAUGGGGUUGUUUGAUUCUCCUAACCAAUGUGAUGUCAACAUAGCUCCAUUUGAUGAUGGUUUGCUUAAUAUUGACAUAUCUGAUGUGGAUCGUUAUGCUCCUGAGUAUAUAGCAGGGGCAACUUACAGGCUGGAGAAGCAUGGUAGCUAUAAAAGUGCAUCUGGUUCAAUUAGUGAUAGCUCUCACUUGGCUGAGGCUGUAGAUAUUUCAGGUAACUCAUUUCAGAAAUAUGAUUCUGAGGACCUCCUUGAUGACAGCGUGUUGGUAGAAAUUGCUGGAACCUGCAAGAUGGAGGUUGAGAAUGCAAAACUGAAAGCUGAGCUUGCUGCUAGAAUAGCUUUAAUAUGCUCUCUAUGCCCUCAGAUAGAGUACGAGUCAUUGGACGAUGAAAAGGUGGGGAAUAUACUGAAGAAUGCCACAGAUAAGACAGCAGAAGCCUUGCAUUUGAAAGAUGAAUAUAUCAAACAUGUUCAGUCCAUGCUCAAGAUGAAGCAGAUGCAAUGUGGGUCAUACGAGAAACGUAUUCAAGAAUUGGAGCAGAAAUUGUCUGAUCAGUAUGUGCAGGGGCAGAAGAUGUCCAGUGUAAAUGAUGCUGCCGACUUUCCUCUUCUUGCUGGUAGCGGGAAGACAGAUAAUUGCAAGUCAGAAUACGUGAGUGGUGAAGCCAAUAUGCCUUCGAUAUCUACUACCGAGCCCAUGGAUGAAGUUUCAUGUAUUUCAAGUUCCUUUGAUGCAAAACUUGGUUUGUUCACAGAACGUGCUGGUAAAUCUUUAGAUGGUGUGGAUGAAAACAUGUUGGAUUCAUCUGGAAUGCAGAACCCACAUCUCGAUUCAUCUAUGAUGGAACCUCACCGUGAAGAAAUGCAAAGCAGUGAUAAAGAUAAAAAAGAUAAGAUUACCGGACAAUUGGGUUUGUCACUAACAAACAGUUCCACUGCUGAGAGCAUGCCUUUGUCACAUGAUCUUGUACCUUGUGGCUCAUUGGUUUGUCCAGACUUGGGUUCCAAAGUAAAUGAUGACAAGUUGUUGGAACUACAAAGUGCACUUGCAGAUAAGUCAAAUCAAUUGAAUGAAACUGAUACAAAGCUUAAAGCUGUUAUGGAGGAGGUUGCGGUGCUCAAAAGGGAGUUGGAAGCAAGUCGGAAGCUACUUGAUGAAUCUCAGAUGAACUGCGCUCACUUGGAGAAUUGUUUGCACGAGGCGAGAGAGGAAGCUCAAACACAAAAAAGUUCUGCCGACAGGAGGGCCUCAGAGUAUAGUUUAUUGCGUGCAUCUGUUAUUAAGAUGCGGAGCUUUUUUGAAAGACUCAAGACUUGUGUUUAUGCUCCUGGUGGUGUUCCUGAUUUUGCAGAUUCAUUGCGCAAUUUGGCACAAUCUUUGGCCAAUUCUGCUAAUGACAGAGAUGAUGAUGAUAUUGUCGAGUUCCGAAGAUGUAUUCGAGUGUUGGCCGAUAAAGUCGGCUUCUUAUCUACGCACCGCGAAGAAUUCCAUGAUAAAUACACCAGAAUGGAUGCAGCUAACGAACAGCUCCGCAAAGAAUUGGAGGAGAAGACAGAUCAGGUCAAAACUUACUACAAUAAGCUUCAACUUGAGAAGCAGGCGAACAAAGAGAAAAUUUCUUUUGGUUGUCUGGAAGUUCAUGAGAUUGCUGCCUUUGUGCUGACUCCAUCUGGACAUUAUGAGGCAAUUACAAAGAAAAGCUCUAACUACUACUAUUUAUCUGCUGAAUCUGUGGCACUAUUUACAGACCAUCUUCCAAGCAGACCUAACUUUAUUGUUGGACAAAUUGUGCAUAUUGAACACCAAAUUGUGAAGUCACUGCCGGAGCACGGCAGGGCAACAACCCCUGACAAAGGGACUACUGACUGGUUGACCUUGAAUUCAGGAUCAACUCCAAAUCCAUAUGGUCUACCUGUUGGAUGUGAAUAUUUUGUAGUGACAGUAGCCAUGUUACCUGAUACCGCCAUUCGUUCAUCCUCUCCUACUUCCUGAUCCUGCUUCUUCAUCAUGGCAGCAGCAGAUUAGACGUGAUGGAAGAAUUUAAUUGUACAUAAACAACAAAAUUCAAAGUCCAAAUGCUCAUUAUGAGUUAUGAACUAGUUAAUCAUUUGUACAGCUCUCUUUCAGUCCCAUUUGUAUAUAUUUCUUCCUUUUUAUGGUAUUGUAUAAAUUGUGAAUAUUAUUUACAACUUUUUUUUUAUUUGGA